GGCGAACCGAUGCAAAUUUUGACAUAUUUUUCUCCUCUUUCCGAAGUGGAACGCAAAUUUUUGGCAGCUGAUAGGAAAAAGUUAGAAUUUUAGCAAAUUUUGCUGCAAAAGUCCGGUUCUAUGUGUAUUUUAUAGUUUCAUAAUUAAUGUCUAGGGAUAUGGCAGGUCUGGAGGAGUACGAGAGGUAUCUGGAAGACGAUGAAGAUCAGUUAGAUAAUAUACCUCGGUUUCAACCAACCUUCAAAUCUCCGCAUGAGGCGACGCAUUAUCAGUUUAUAAACUCUGAGCGAGACUUGACGCUUCCGCUGCAAAAGCACAAAAAUGUGCAGCCGCUCUACGAGAGCCCGGAUGAUGAAAUUUCGCUCAGAAAGUAUCUGGGUGCCAGCGUUAACCUGAUUAGCCUGAUUACGGAGAAUCUGCUGUGCCAUCCGUUCAUGGUGCUUCGGCGCCAGUGUCAGGUGCAUCACAAUUCGAAGAAGUACCACAUUGUCCCACUGACGCUGGUGCCGGUCAUAGUGCAUCUCCAUCAGCGGCAAGGAGUCACCACUCUGUGGAAGGGAAUAGGGAGUGUGCUUCUGGUGCGGGGACUGACCUUGGCUGUAGAGGAUGUCGUUUCCAAAUUUACUCCGUGGCCAAAGGAAGUAAAUUCAAAAACUACGCUGAAGCAGUUUGGUCAACAUUUAUUACUUAAAUGCAUAAGCUUAGCCACAAUUGUUCCAUUCUACUCGGCGUCCUUGGUGGAAACGGUUCAAAGUGACAUCGCCAGUGAGAAACCCGGAAUCUUCGAUGUGUUCCGCGAAGGUGCCAGCCGCUUGGUUUCGUGGAGCGUACCCCAGAAGGGACGAAUGCUACCAAUAUGGGCGCUGGUCGGACCCAGCAUAUCGCUAGGAAUAUCCAAAUAUAUUUGCCAGUUGUUUGUGAGAGGAAUUUCUACGCGGAUCAUGUGUCGCCGGGUGACGUUCUUCGAGGAAAAGCGAGGUGCCCGUACUCGUGACUUCACCGCUCAAAGUCAGGUCAUCGAAGUGUACUCAACGAUGAUUUCGCUCAUGACCACCGAGAUCAUUUUCUACCCGUUUGAAACGAUCCUGCACCGAAUUCAGCUGCAAGGUACCCGAACUAUCAUCGACAAUUUGGAUUCCGGUUAUUCGGUGGUUCCGAUCCUGACCAGUUACGAAGGCGUUGUUGACUGCUACCGCCAAACAAUUGCCACCGAGGGUGUGUCCGGUCUGUACAAAGGCUUUGGAGCAAUGCUCCUCCAGUUUGCGGCUCACGUUGCUGUGAUAAGGUUGGGUAAGUGGAUCAUCACACAAAUCUCGGAAAUCAUGUCCAACAAACCUCCGCCGAAGGUAGCCGAAUACUAUAAUCUGGAUGCGAAAAACUCCGGCGGCUCGGCCAGUAUGUCUAGAAGCAUCAGUGGGAUCAGUUCGCUUAGCGAAGAACUGUCUUAAGUCAAAAUCAAUAGCGACACACGGGAUUAUUAAAGUUGUUUCCUUAUCCACGA